CUUCCGGGAAGAAACCGGGGGCGACGUUACGGCGCGGCGGAGCGCAAGCGGGACUGGCCGGAGUGCUUGGAGCGCGCGAGCGUGGGGGACGUGGGACAGAACGGCCCGAGGAUGACGACGGUGGCGAUCUCCCCGGCGAUGGCUCACGGCAACAGCGGAAUGAUACAGGUCGUGAACGAGAGCAAUCUGAGCAAGAUCGAGAGCUUCCUCAACGACACGGCUUACCGGGAGGCCAUUGAGAACUCGUCCAAUUACAAUAGCCGACUGUGCCGGGAGCGACGUCUUCGCAUGCCCUUCCUCGACUCGCAGACAGGUGUGGCACAAAAUCACUCUGCCCUUUUUAUGUCCUCGAGAGAAAGACUGCCGGGCUUGUUGCACGGCCAGAUUUACACUUACCCGAGUAAACGAUGGCGGAAGAAACGCCGGCAAUAUUUAAUGCACUACCUGCAUCCGAAACGCGGGCCGAGGGGAGAUACGGAGGACGGAACGGAAGGCGUGGAAACUAUUACGCAUGUAAAUGACGACAGCAAAGAUUCGGUGGCACUUAAAGACGAACACAGUAAAGACGCAUGGUAUUACGACGAGCAAGAUAUGUUGGACAUGGAUGCCUAUGACGAACCUGAUCCUGAUAGCGACUAUGAUUACGAGGAGAGUUACAGCAGUAAACGAAAACGCAGAAAAACUCGUGGAGGUGGUCAUCAUCCUGCUCGUAGUCAUCCACCCUCCACAGAUACCCCGGGCGGUAAACGUACAAAAGGUGGUGGCCGUGGACGCAAAAAGACCAACUACGACUCUGUCGACACUGAUAAACCGUUCGUUUGUGACCUAUGCAGCGCACGGUAUAAGACCAGACCUGGUCUGGUCUACCAUUACGGUCAUUCCCACUCUACUUCCUCCGGUGAUCCUGCUAAGGAACUAAGUCCCAGUCCUGCCGAAGUUGAACCUAGGAGCGUUGCAGACACCGCUGCUUCGAACCAGCCAGGUGGUACACGCCGGGGUCGUCAGAACGCCACCUCCUCGAAUACCUCGAGUCCCUCCCCGGCGGCGCCUGCCGCCGCACCAGCUGCGGGGAGCACGUCCCAGCCGCAGCAGUCGCAGCAGCAGCAGCUGCAGUCGGCCGUGCAGACGCCCGUCGGCCCGGCGUCGCCCACCGUCCCGGCGACCAAGGAAGAUCACCUGCCGGCGGCGUCCUCGCCCGGCGGCACCGCCGUCUCCACCCUGCCGUCCGCGGACACCGCGGGCGCCACGGGCGGGCCGCCCACACCCGGGGGACCGACCGCGGAGAAGAAGGCCGGCGGCAAGUCGUCCGCGGCGCAGCCCUCCCCGUACUGCGACUUCUGCCUGGGCGACGCGCGCGAGAACAAGAAGACCGGCGGCUCCGAGGAGCUGGUGUCGUGCAGCGACUGCGGCCGUUCAGGGCAUCCAACUUGUUUGCAAUUCACUGCAAACAUGAUCGUUUCUGUUCGCAAGUACAGGUGGCAGUGUAUCGAAUGCAAGUGUUGCUCGAUUUGCGGCACCUCGGACAACGAUGAUCAGUUGCUGUUCUGUGACGACUGUGAUCGUGGCUACCACAUGUAUUGUCUGUCUCCGCCUCUUGCGUCACCUCCCGAGGGCUCCUGGUCUUGCCGCCUGUGCAUAGCCGAAUUUCAUCACCGUGAUUAAGUCCACUUUCAUAGAUAAGUCACGGAGCUAUCCAUUGCUGUGGUAUAGCGGUCAUCUUAUUAGGAGAAUUAGGAGAGUAUUCACGGGCUCACCCAUAUAGUAUUAUACGGCGUACACACUCGUCUCUCGAUUUACGCGGAGUAUUCGGUCCACGUGGGGGAUUUCUUUCUUCUUUUUUUUUACGCGGUUGUGAGAAUCACGUAAGCGGAAUCUGUACAGAAAAGGGAAGUACGUAAUGAAAGGCCCGCGUGUCGUUGUACAAAUAUUUAUUUCGCGCAUUUACACAGAAACCAAUAAUAACGAGAGGAGAAGGAUAAAUUUGUCACUUUUGUGCGGAGACGCUUAAGCGCGCUCUCUCCGCGAAAAGUCAACGAAAAGAGGCACGGCGUGGCAAGUACAAUCAAGUGAGAACUUCUGGCCCGCUGAUAUACAUAAUAAUUUCAAUAAAUAGACGUAGACAGAUAUAUAUUUUCUGACGGCGUUAAACUGAGACCGUGUACAAAAGGUGUCGCGUAAACGGAGGGGGUGGUAUUUGCCGCGUAAAAAGAAAAGAGCGCGUAUGAAAGGUGCCGCGUAAAUUGAGGUCUAAGUGUACACGCAAAUUUGUUCGAGAGGAAGAAAAGGAAAGCGCCAUAGGUCAACUUAAUCGAUUACUAUUUAUUACGAAAUUUGCAUCGAUCCAUCGAUUCCCCGUUAAAUUAUGUUAAUUAUAAUGAUAAAUUAGGAGGGUACGUUUAUAUAGCGUUACUACAUUAGAUAUCUCAGGCACUGGUGAUCUCAACGAGAUAAAGAUGUAAGGAAACACGUAUUUAUAAUUUAACCGAGGUAGCUUCUACGAAUAGAUGUGUAAAGAUACGUCGCAACCCAGCUGUUAGUAAGAUUCCAUAAGCGGAACGGACAAAGAGAUUACUAAUUUUAAAGACAAAGGCGGAGUUCGAUUUACCGACGACGUUAGAUUUUACAUUCGUACUGAACAAAGUGUAUUUUUUGCUCAUUUUAGAAACUGACAUAUAAAUAUAUAAAUAAAUAAAUAUAUUAUAUAUACAUACUCUUUACAGCGAUAUUAUUAACGAACGAACGAAUAGAGAUUUAAUUAAAGAUCGCUAAAUAGGACAAUACUCUCCUAGUUCUAGACUCUGCUCUACUCUUAGUCAAUGAUGUUUGAAAUUCGGUUGCUUUCACAACUUUUGCAGUAUCUUAAAUUUAACGAAAAUUUGGCGAUCUCGAAUUUUCAAGGCAACUCUUAGCUCCUCGCUAUCGACUUGGCCCGGGCCGGGUCUCAUAGGAAAAAGGAAUUACGGAAAAGGAAAGAAUUCAUAUUCUAGAUCAUGAUAUUAAUAGUAUUUGUUCCAUGAAUAGUGAUAAAUAGAAUAUUAUCUGUUUCUCUGUAUGUAUCAUGAUACUAAAAGCUUUUACACAUAGCUAUUAGUAGCGGACAUAGUUGUCAUAUACAGACUUGCAGUACUGGAGGAAAAUUAUAUUCUACAUGUUCUUCGUCAUUUAUAGCUCAGUAUUUUUAUAUUUUAUAUAUUAAAUGUACUUAAUUUAAGACGGCGCUGUGGGUGAUAUUUGGUAUUCGUUGAUUAAUGUAAAGCAAAAAGAAAGCAAGACCUCAUUUUUUUCGAUUUGAUCAAUUUUACGACCGCCUAAUUGUAACUGUACCGUUAGAUACACUUGAACUCACUUUUAAGUUCUCCUUUUUCGACUUACAAUUAGAGCGAUGGAUUUAUAUUUUAUAUCGCUUACUUUUAACAUUAUGUAUGCAAAUUUGAAAAUAAACACAUUAGUUUAUACAAACCGGAUCAUUAAGUUUUAGAGCAGUCUUAUUGCGUGCCAUUGUAUACUUCUUCAACUCUCUCUCUGCAGGAGAAAGAAAUACAUAACAAACGACUCACGAACAGGUGCUAUAUUUCAGGGAUUAGCUUUUCUUUCGGAUAUUACGAUUACUUUGUAAUAUUGGCAGCGAUGUUUUAAGCCAAGGGGCACUACGUUCUACGAUUAUAGUGAAUAAUUGCUAUCCACAAAAAAAUGUAAUGUAAGAUAUGAAAAAA